AUGGAAGGAUCGAAGGUAGUACUCAGUCAUUCUUCGAGUUCUUCAACAACGAGAAAGACUUAUAUGUAUGGGGAAUGGAUUUCAACCGAAGUAUGCGAAUGUGGUCAAGAACUGAGUUUGAGAACAUCAUGGACAAAUGACAACCCCGGUAGGAGGUACUGGGAAUGCUCGGGAUGUAAGGAUGGAUCUAGCUAUACGUUUGUGAAGUGGUAUGAUCCUCCAAUGUGCCCUAGGUCUAAGAGGAUUAUACCGGGGCUUCUGAAGAAAAUUAACAAAUGUGAAGAAGAAAAAGCAAAAUUAAAAUCAAAGCCUAGAAGUGUUCCAAGAGGGGAAGAUGGUGAUUUGAAAGAUAUGCGUAGGAGCAAAAGAUGUAGUUCAAUGAAGCUGCUUGUUGUAUGUGGGCUUAUUGUAUUGUUAAUUGCUUAUUUUACAAGUGGUAAUGGAAAAAAUGAGAGGUUAGGUUUUAAGAAUGAGGUGUAUUUGCUCCCAUAA